AUGCUUUCGCGACCCUCUGCAUCGUUGAGGAAAAUAUUUAUCCCACCCUGGUCCCUCCUUCAAUCGUGCCAAACAGAAUCGCAUAUAUUCUCUCCGCAUGUUAGAAAAGGAAACGGCUGCACACGGAAGCCUAUCGCAGGUCUGGCUACACUGUGGUCGGGCAAGAGACACUUCUGUUCAACCCCGAGGGUAUCAGCUGUGGAAACCAUUUCGCAAGCCAAGGGUUCUGGUCUGGUUGAUAUCAAGCUUAUCGAUCAUCGAUAUGAGUAUGAACUUCUCGCUGGCUUCUGGACAAGUACUCAGGCUGCGAUAUCUAUAUUAAUCAAUGUUCCUAGUGCCCUUGUUGUUGGUGCAGGCGGAGCAGGUCUCAUGGCCGCCGUCGGCCUUGCAUAA